AGGCGCUUUCAUGACUAAAUGACGUCUGGAGGCGUAAGCAAGGGAGCUGUUUAUAAACCUCGCUUGUUUAGUCGACAUAGGCCAGUCACAUGUAGAAACUCGGAGAGAAAUGGAGUCUUUAAAGGUUGUUCUCUUUCUCGGCUUACUUGCACAACCUGGGUUAUGUCAGAUCAAUCCAGCUGUGUUAGCAUUGAUGAAUGGAGGAGGUGCCGGAGGUGCUAGAAUGAACCCUAUGGCGCUCGGUAUGGCUAGUGGCGGGGAAAUGGGAAGUAUGCAGGAUUUGAUGAUGAUGCAAGCGCUCGCAGGAGGCGCUUCCGGAAGUUCUGGUGGCAGCGGCAGCUCGGGUGGUAUUGAUCCAAUGAUGAUGAUGAUGAUGGGUGGCGCUGGUGGUGCUGGAGCAUCCAGUGAUAUGAUGCAGCAGAUGAUGAUGCUGAACAUGUUGAGACAAAACAAUCAAGGUCAAGGUCAAGGUCAGGGUCAACAAAACAGCAUGGCCGCCAACAUCGCAAAUCUGCUGACUGGACCAGCUGGACCAGCCCCAGGCAAUGCAGCUGUCAAUCCCGGACAACAAAACGCUCUAUGGCAUUUUGUUCAGAUGAACGGUCACUCUCAAAGAAUAAUGGACGCUGUUUCCCAACCAACUGACAGAAUAGCACUUGAGAGAGACGGACUGCCUGGACUGAAUCCCAUGAUGACAAUAACAAUGUGCCCAAGACACACACAAUGCGGUUUUCCUUUCUGCGAAAAUACGGAGAUUCCUUUCACCCCCGAGACAUUUUAUGUGUGCAGGGGCUGUCCAAGAUGUCCCAUGGAUCCCGCUCAACGAAAUAUGAUGAACAUGAUGAGUUCUAUGGGAGGGACCGGUGGUCAGAAUAUGGCUCAAACCAUGAUGAUGAUGAGAGCUAUGGGACAAGGUGGUGGUGGUGGUGGUACCGCCGGCGCCGGGGCCAUGAACCCCGCCAUGAUGAUGGCUUUAAUGAAUAUGCAACAACAACAACAGCAACAACAACAGCCACAGCCAACCCAGAUAAGCAUGACACUACCUCCAGCAUCUCAAGGCCCGCCUCCGAAACCUGCUGCGUCACCAAGGAAACCCACCGCCUCACCCGAAGCGCCAACCACUAAAAAGGGGAAACCAACGUCACAAAAAUCUAAGCCAAUCCCCGGCCCCCGUCCGCCACCGGAAUUUAUUGCAGCCAUGAGAGCAAUGAGUGCCCAAAUGAGAUCACAAAAUCCUAGUGGAGCCCCACCUAGAGCGUGAAAACUGAAAACCAACUAGACGUUAUCCAAAGACUAUAUUCAAAAUGAAUACAUUUGUGAAUGGUACAUUAACAUUCAAGAUGAAAUAUACGUAUCAUAACAUCGUGAACAAAAAAGGGAAACUGGAAUUAAUAUAACACACUGACAAUAUAUUGUCAGAAAUGCAAGAAACUAAAUUAUUUUAUUUGCAUGCCAUUAUGUAGCUUUGUAUUUUAACAGGGCUGCCAUUAGCGUUCAAUAGCGAUUCACGAACUUGCAUGUUUUACUGCGGUUUAGGGUUUUGUGGGUAUGAGUAAAUUAACGGUUCGUAUUGUUAACAAAUUCUAAAGGCGAUUCAAGAACGAUUAUUGUGUACUUUAUUCCAGCAGCGCUUCAAGAUCAACAAGGAUGGGACUUACGAUGAAGAAGUGAGUCACGUGACUUCUGGUUUUGCCUUAUGUACAUCCGUCUCUAAAUUUGAUAUUACCAUGACAUAUGCUGACGUUUGUUUUGACACAAAAACAUAGGGUUGUCAUUAAAAUGUCAAGUUUAUGUGUUUGUUUGUAUACAGCAGACAAUUUCAUUAAAUAUUCAUACAAAAAAAAAAGCCUGUCACAAGUUCAUUUAAAUAUGUAUAAGCGUAUGCGUGUCAGUUAUUCAUUUCUGUUUAAAUGCUUUGCCGAUUUCUUAAGACGUUUAAGAUAAAACAUUGCUAAUAAUUGCUAAAAUGAGAAAAAAUGACGUGCAUUGUUUUAUUAUUAUGUUUAUUUCAUACUUUGUUGAGUAAAAUGUCAAAUAAACA